UCUUGACGUCAGCAUUUGUCAUAUGCCUUUUUACAAGCAGUAAGCUGAGGGCCUCGAUUUAGUACUGCCUGUCCUUCCCUUUUUUACAGAAUGCGAGAGUGAAAACAAGGAAACAUCUGACUGCACUAUAGAAACACCAGAGAGGAGAUGGAGAAGUCAGUCGGGCCGAUGCGUGUGUUGGUGACGGGCGGCAGUGGGCUGGUGGGGCGAGCGAUAGAGCGGGUGGUGAGAGAGGAGGGUGGAGGAAAAGAAGGAGAAACAUGGAUAUUCUUGUCAUCCAAAGAUGCCAAUCUUGUGAGCGCUGAAGAGACGAGAGCAGCGUUUGAGAGACAUCGUCCAACACACGUUAUUCAUUUGGCCGCCAUGGUGGGCGGACUCUAUAAAAACAUGAGACAGAACCUGGACUUCUGGAGGAAUAAUGUGCACAUCAAUGACAACGUGCUGAACAUGUCUCAGGAAUUCGGGGUGGUGAAGGUCGUUUCCUGUCUGUCUACGUGUGUUUUUCCAGAUAAAACCACCUACCCUAUAGAUGAGACUGUGAUGCACAACGGUGUCCCCCAUGAGUCUAAUUAUGGUUAUGCCUACUCCAAACGCAUGAUUGACGUCCACAACAGGGCGUUAUAUCAGCAGUACGGUUUGAAAUACACAGCCGUCAUCCCCACCAACAUGUUCGGACCCCAUGACAACUACAACAUUGAGGACGGUCACGUGAUGCCGGGGUUGAUCCACAAGACGUACCUGGCAAAGAAGGAAGGUAAACCUCUGGAGGUCUGGGGUACAGGUCGGGCUCUGCGGCAGUUCAUCUAUUCUCUGGAUCUAGCUCGUCUGUUUCUGUGGGUUCUGAGGGAGUAUGACGAGGUGGAGCCCAUCAUUCUGUCAGUUGGGGAGGAGGAUGAGCUAACUGUAAAAGACACUGUGGACGCUGUGGUUGAAGCAUUUGGGUUCAAAGGGGAAGUGAUUUAUGAUACUAGUAAAUCAGACGGCCAGAUCAAGAAAACCGCCAGUAACGCCAAACUACGCAAAUACCGGCCAGACUUCAAGUUCACGCCGUUCAGACAAGCCGUCCAGGAGACUUGUGAUUGGUUUGCAGCCAAUUAUGACUCCGCCCGUAAAUAAAGAUCAUUACAUCUGAUUGGCUGUGGGGAGUUUGAACAACAAAAGCCUGACUGAUCAAUUAUUCUAAACAAUAUUUUUCUUUUAU